AUGAUGGAGGCAGAGGAGAGUUACACGGAGUGGAAGCGCCUCCUGGAACGCGCUGUAGCGCUGGAGGCUCAGUUGUUUAGCGAACGAACUCAGGGAGGUUUCGCAGGCGAGUCUUUCGCGGCGGGAGUGCCAGCCAGCCACGAGAAGCUGGACCCGUUCCUGAAACCGCGCUUUCCGCCGGCGUAUCGUAACCUGAAUCAGCUGGAGAGCGAGUCACAGAGACUGUUGAAGCAAACAGGUGCCACCGAGGCAGGCGCCGAGAGUUCCUUUGCAGGCACGUCGACGGAGCACGCACGUGCGCACGCUUUGCUGGCCCAGCGCGGCUUUGAUCCAGAUCGCAUCGAACUCCAGGCGAAGCAGGUUGAUUUGGUUGAAGAUGUCGAGUAUCUGGAGCCGUUUGCUGAGACCGACCUCGAUACUUGGCUUCGGCUGCAGCACGAAUGGGCGGUUUUAGAGCUUUGCGAGCUCGCCCGACAUCGUACCGAUUCCGCUGCCGAGGCGCUCUGGGAAGAUCAUGCAGCAGCUUCAUGGGAACAACGUCGGAAACAGCUAUUAAGCCUUCUGGGUAGUAGCACCGAUGCGCUGAAUCUGCGUGAUAUCCUAAGCUACACCGGGGGAUCGGUCGACGCACGUAACCUUCGAAGUCGCACCCAGAGCCGAGCACGAUCCGCAUCGCCUUCAGGCGCGGAGACAAGUCAGCGAACACCGGUGCAGUUAGAUCGACGGGCGCGAGAACACCCUGAGCGCCAAGAGAGCAGCGAGCCGCACUCAGGUUUUGAGCGCGAAUGUGCAGCCCUGGUCCUCGCUCUAGUUCGCCAGGCACCGGAUAGUAGAUCGCAGCUCUCUGAAUCCGCGCACAUCACGCAGUGGAGUGGUCUGGAUAUCAGCACUUUUUUGAGCGGCCAGGUGGCCACGUCUGUAGUUGGCGCUGCGGACUUGUCGACGGACCUCGUUGCGUUGAGGUUUGCACGAGCCGCGCGUAAAUGGUCCCAGGUACGCACUGCGGCAAGUUGGCCGCAUGUGUCCUACUCCGAAGCAUGCUACGAAAUUCUCUGUGCUAUGCUUGGAGAAGGCGAUCUCACCGCGACUCUCACGAGGCCAGAUUCGUUUGCCCGAAAGCAACCAUUGACGCAUGAAUACGGCCCGUUCCGCGCACCUGCAGAAGGCAUGCUUCGACCAAGUCGAGGGCACCGCCUUCGUUUCGUCUGCGGUGCACUUGACUGGCUUCAGAGGCAAUUUCACCAACGCAAGCUGCGCCUCUCCAUUGAACGCGAACCAGAAAUGGCAGCACUCGGUGGCAAAACCGGCACACUAGCAGAAGUCCGUGCGUACCUGCGGGUCAUGGAGGCUGGAACGAUGGCGGUAUCGCGACCGACGGGCUGGCUGACUGAGGAUCCUUUUGCGGAGAUCUAUUACUGUCUGCGGUGCGGUGACAUUGGGGCGGCUGUAGAAGCGGCCAAAGAUUGGCUCUCCCCAGAAGGCAAACACUACUCCGGCGAUGAUCUACCUCGGUUCCUGACCUAUCUAGAAAGUUUCGAGCAGAGCGCUCGUCGUCGAUGGCAAGCUAUUCGCCGCGCAAACGGUGGACCAGGUCCGUCCGAAGCGGGGUCGACUUCACAAGCGUUCGAGCUAAGGGGCCUGCGGGGCUCCGUCAAGGCAACGAUGCUGUCACAAAUGAUCCACGACUACGGAUUAUUUGUGCACAAGUCGCAGCUCCGAUCUGGAUACCGAGACUGGAGUGUCGCUUGGAACGCUAAUGCCCAAGAGGAGCAACACCGUUUGGUAGAGCGCGACAUAUUCAAGCGCGUCUGCUACGUGCUCAUAGGACGUUUCAACAGCGCGGCACCAGAAGGAAUGGAGUUGCUCGAUAUGGAUUACGACGUGCUGUUUGCAUCCAUCGAGGACUAUCUCUGGAUGCGUCUGUGGACAUGCCGUCUCAGUGUCGAUGAAUGCGAUGGAGAGCUUGGCUUCAUUUCGUCGGAGCGCUCAGGUAUCGAUGAAGAGACGCUCGCCGAUGAGCGCUUGCCUCCGGAGAUGAGCACGCUGGAGCUUCCACUGGAUGCCGUCCAAGAGGAGAUGCGCCAGUUCGGAUCGGCCCAUUUUGACCCGCACGGUAAUCGACCGCACUUCUACGCGAUGAUUCUGCUAUUGACGUGUCAGUUUGAGGCAGCGCUGACCUAUCUGGUGUACAACGGUGUUGUGCGGGCGAGCGCGAGUGCCCUGACGCAGGACCCUCUGGUAGAUGCGGUUCACCUCGGCCUGAUCCUGAACUAUUAUGGUGCGCUCACCGAGUACGUACAACAGGAUUCAGAUCUUGUUCUCUACGACUAUGCCGCAAUUUUAUGGCGCUACCUUCAGCGAGAGCAACGUGAAGUCUCUCUGGCCAAGGCCGACCCUACUGCUGCUGCGGCCUACCUCAUGACCAUUCGCGAUGCGGAACAGCGUUUCGCGUGUCUCUGCAAACUCGUCACCACGACCCGGGAGUUCUCGCUCCUGCUUGGUGCGAUGAUUCCCGGGACGUUACGACGACGCCCCGGGGUUAUCGAACGACUCGAGCGCACUGCCUAUACGACGCGGCAGCUUGCAGGCACUGCUGCAGAAUGGGCUCGCGUUGCUUACGCUUGUGCAGAGUCGUGCGAAAUAACCGGGGACGUUAUCCACGCUGCAAUGCUCUUCGAGCUAGCAGGUGAUUUGAAUCGAGUGAUGUCGAUCUUGAUUCGAGCGCUCUGCUCCACGUAUCUGGAUCAUCGCUUCUACCAGAAUCGUCUACCACAGCCGGUGGAUAUGGAGCGCCAGCAACUGGAGCUGGCGAAGCAAGCGCAGUCCAUAUACGAAAAAUACGAGCACGAAGGUGUCCUCAGUAGGCGUGAAGAAGAUGGUGGACACAGGAGCUCCGAUCAACAGACGAGUGCGCGUUUAAGUCGUUCGCUGGCGGUCGCGCUAAAGCUCGCGCGCUUUAUUGCGCUCGUUUACGAUGAAGCGCAAGACGACUCUGACCCAGACUCGUCUGCGGUUUCCCGAAAAAGCGUUGAGGAGAGAUACGAAGCUGCGCUGGAGCUUCAGAAACAGCUUGGCCUGCUGCCUUUCUCUCGUUCGCAACUUACGGCAAAGGUAGAAGCACUUCGUCCAGGUGCAGUCUACGAGGACGCUCUUGUAGAACGCCUGCCAGUUGUGGUUCUUACGCUCAUGCGUGUCGUGCAUGUCCUCUACGAGAACACGAAAACUGCUUUGCGUACUGGUAUCCCACACAAGUCGCCCGCGGAGCAAGCGCGUCCAAGCGAGCGCACCGUUUUAGCUUGGCGUUCUAGUAUGGAGCAGCGCCUCGCUGAACUGAAAGAAAUCGCUAGCACCCUGGUUACGUUCAGUGGUAUGAUACCCUUUAUGACUGCAGCAGAGACGUCAGAGCUGGUGCGCUUGGAAAUGACGCUCACGUGA